AUGGGUGCUGCUGAAUAUCACAUAAUGCUGGGAACUGAUCAUCGGAUUGCAACAAAUCCAUUGUCUAUGAGGAUGAGAGAAGAUCAAAUUAAGCAAAUAUGGGGUGGAGAUUCGGUUUAUCCCACAGUAAACUACAUUGAUGAUCCACAUCAAAAUGGAAAUAUAACAUCAAAGGAUGAAAUUGAUAAAACAUUGGCAUCAGAGAAGGUUGAAAAAGUAAAGUUAAAUCAGCAGUUUGUGAUGAUGAAGACUUCGAUCAAGAUAAGGAUCUUGGAACGUAAUUUUACAAGGGGCCAAAGAAACAAGAAAGAGAAGUUGGAGGGGUAAAAAUACAGCUAAUAUAAACCAUUUGUUGCUAAUGUAGUUGCUGCUAUGUAACUGAUAUGAACAUCCCACGUAGUAGGCUGGACCAACAUCCAAACCUGAAAGAAGAAAAAAUAAAAUGAGUCAG